UUCCAAUAAUCAUCACAAUGGAUCCCUAUUUCCGGACAAUUUUAUCAAUCAGAGGCACAAUGUUCAAGUCUUUUUUACACUUUCGUAUCCUUGAAUUAUUUUCCGAAUGUAGUUACCAACAACAAAAGAAGACUUUCUAUCGAACAUUGUUCUGGUGACUUUGUUAAGGACUUACAUCAGGAUCUUACCCGGACAAAUUGCCAGUUUAUACAAUUAAGCUGUAGAAGGCCAUUUUUGGUAUUGCCCUUCAUUUUUUUUUAUAUAUAUACAUAUAAUCGCGCGCACCAAGACAAGGCAAGAUGAACAAUUUGCCAGGCAGACCAAGCCCCUUCCAGCACCAGACUAAGGCUCAACCGCAGAGUGCACCUGCACCCCACUCAUGGCAGUGGCGCCACUCUUCUUUCUCCUCCUCACCACCCACAUAGCCUCUGCUCGUGUUUUGCCUUCACCGGGAACCGCCGAGACCUCGCCGGCCGAUAACCGCACUAUCUACGACGCGUCGAGCCAAUUCUGCUUGGGCUGCAUCGCCGAGUCCAUGGAGUUCCUGCUUGCUCACAACUGGGCGCGAGCACAGCACCUGGAGCUGCCUCUGAUAUGGGACUUUGAGGUAGAAAAGUAUGCGAGGUGGUGGGCAGGUGAAAGGAAGUCUGACUGCAAGUUGCAGCAUUCAUUUGACAAUGGGACUUUUGUGAUGGGGGAGAACAUCUUUUGGGGCAGCGGCUCUGGCUGGUCUCCUCGUGAUGCUGUGCGGGCAUGGGUUGAUGAGCAGAAGUACUAUUCUUACAGCGGAAACCAAUGCCUAGGGGGGCAUGUGUGUGGGCACUACACUCAGGUUGUGUGGAGGGAAACCAGAAGGCUCGGGUGCGCUAGGGUUGUCUGUGACACUGGGGAUGUGUUCAUGACCUGCAACUAUGACCCGCCUGGGAACUAUAUUGGCCAGAGACCUUACUGAAUCAAGAACUGUUCUUGUUCAAUAACUUGAGAUCAUUUCCUUUUCGAUUGCUUUGUUUACAGCCGUGAUACUCCAUAAGAGACAUUUAUAUACAUAUUUGCCUUCUUGGUGUUUUAGAUUGUAUUGAAUGAGACAAAGAUUAGAUCGGUUUGUGGUUUUAGUUGAAGGGACCUCAUUUGGAUGUAUAUAAAAAGCAGAGUGGGGUGAUAUUCUAACCUUCUUGCGAAGGAUAUGGUCCCUGUUAGCUUAGGCGAUAAAUCUUGUGCAGUGUAUUCUGGCAUGAGUCUACUGCUACUUGUAAAAUCCUUUCGAUUUCUGCA